CCGAUCUCUGACCCUCAAUCCUGCGAUUCCAAUCAAAGAUCUAUCCUCUGCAGUCUCGGAUCAUACGUCAUACACCAUGCCUGACAAGGACGCUGGUACCCCGCGUGUCUUCCUCUACCGACACGGAGAGACGGAAUGGUCCAAAAGCGGCCAGUACACCGGCAUCAGUGAGAUCGAACUCACCGAAGACGGCGUCAAGCAGGUGGUUGCAUCUGGCAAGAUCCUCGUCGGGUCCGGCAAGUUGAUUGACCCGGCCAAGUUGGCGCGGGUGUUUGUCAGUCCCCGUCGGAGAGCCGUCCACACCUUUAACCUGGCGUUCAGUGAGGCCGAUAAGCAGGCCUUGAAAGAUGCCAACAAGGUGGAGGAGACGGAGAGGUUGGCGGAGUGGGGGUACGGUCUCUACGAGGGUAUGUUGACCAAGGAUAUCCGGGCCCUGCGGAAGGAACAUGGUCUUGAUACCGAGCGGGCCUGGGAUAUCUGGGCUGAUGGCUGUGAGGAGGGAGAAUCCCCUCAGGAUGUGACUGACCGUAUCGAUAAUCUGAUUGCGGAAAUCCGGACCAUCCAUAAAGGCAACAUGCAUGGUGAAAACCCCUCGGAUGUGGUGCUGUUUGCCCACGGGCACACUCUGCGUGCUUUUACGAAGCGCUGGCUGGGGUAUCCCAUGGAAUUUCCCCUUUCCAUGAUGUUGGAGCCGGGUGCGGUUGGAGUUCUGAGCUACCAACAUCAUAGUAUUGAUGAACCCGCUUUUCUGGUGGGUUAUGGAUUUCCCUUGGAGAAGUGAAUUGGGUCAGCAGUUGGCCUGUGGGAGGGGGUUCUGAUAGAUGAAUGUGUAGAUGUGGAUGAAUUAGACAGGAUAGAUGGAUUGUGUUAAGCUUAUUAAGAUAUAAAUUUGUGAUCAGGUUUCGUGAAAUGAAGAACCAGCAAGAGAGACAACAGAGGGGAUACCAAGG